AUGAUAGACACUGACAGUAGUGGUCAAAUCACUUUUAAAGAACUUAAGGCUGGUUUGAAAAGAUUUGGAGCUAAUCUUAAGGAAUCUGAAAUUUAUGAUUUAAUGCAAGCAGCAGAUGUAGAUAACAGUGGAACAAUUGAUUAUGGAGAGUUUGUAGCAGCCACUUUUCAUUUAAACAAAAUUGAGAGAGAAGAUCAUUUGUUCGCGGCAUUUUCCUACUUCGAUAAAGAUGGAAGUGGCUACAUUACUCAAGACGAGCUUCAACAUGCUUGCAAGGAGUUUGGUGUAGAGGACGUCCGGCUAGAAGAAAUGAUGCAAGAAGUUGAUCAGGAUAAUGAUGGGCACAUAGAUUAUAACGAGUUCGUGGCGAUGAUGCAGAAAGGAACUAUUGGUGGCCCUGCUAAGAAAGGCCUACAAAAUUCCUUCAGCAUUGCUUUUAGAGAGGGUCGUAAACUUUAGUGUCGUAAUUAGCAACAAGGUUCGUAUUUCUUUCAUCCUUCAAAUUUUUUUUUAUAUUUUUUUACAAGAUUUUCUUGAGAGAUCAAGAUUGUACAAUAAGAAGAAGCUUAAAUGCUGGCCUAAGGUAUAGCCAGGGCUCAGUUAUAUAUGCUUUUCUUUGAAUUCAUGGAGAACUCUGUUAGUGUUUGCAAUGACCUUUGCAGCCAUACCAUAGUUUGUACACCAUGAGAGAAAAAAAAAAUUGUAUUCUUUACCCUUUAGUUUAAUUUAUGAAA